UGCGCGAACUACAAGUGCCCGUUCGGUCUCCUCCUGCCAGCCGUGUCAUUAUCACCUUCAACAGUCCAUAGCCCUCCCACCCUUCCCCCCUUGCUUCUACCAUGCACGCCAUGUAUCGUUGUUGCCAGAUGAGUGGAAACCACCAUCCCGGGUCCGCACUCGGCUUUGCUUCACUGCCCUCUGUUGGUUCGCUGUCGCAGGGCCCAAUCUUGAGGAGCUUUGGCGGGAGAGGAGUAGUGAGAGCUGGAAGAAACGUGAGCGCGAACGGCGGAGGCUCCACCUCGAAGUGCAACUUGCAAGAGUGGAUCUUUGUUUGGAGUCUCAUGCUUUCACUGGUGGUACCUGUGAGUGAGUAUCUCUACCAUAUUUACAGUGCGCAUGACUACCUGUUGAUAUUCGCGUCGCUUCUGUGCUCUAUCUUGGGGUUAUUAUUCCACAUGUUGCUCUUGCUAUACAGCGUGAUGAUCGAACUGCAUAAUCAGACUGACUUGGUCCAGGGGAGGCAGAAACCGUUCCAGUUGUCACGUCGCGAGGUCCUCGAUUAUGUCGCUCUCUCCCACAUAACGCACCUUGUUUGCGCUUUCUCUGCUGGGCGUUUUCUUAGACGGUUUCAUACAUAUUUUCUUUAGGGUAACUGUCUUUACCUCUCUUGUAGUGGUUGGCACGAUUGGCCUGCCCUUGGAUGCGGCAUAUAUGAGGAAUUGGCAAAGGUUG